AAGAAUCCUCCUUCCCUAAAAAAUAUAACAACCUAUUUGCAUAGAUUAGAGCAUAGCACUAUUGCCGUAUCUUCUCAUUCAAUGUGUAUUUGAACCCUAUACUAAUUGCAUUUGAACCCUAAAUAUCAACUCCAAUGGCGCCUGAUCGAAUUAGCAACUUGCCGGAUUCAAUUCUCUGUCACAUUCUCUCUUUUAUUCCAACCAAACAGGCCGCUGCCACUAGCAUCCUCUCAACAAGUUGGAAGUCAAUAUGGCUUUCGGCCCUAACUCUCGACUUUGAGGACAAAACCUUCAAUGACUUCAUCUCCUUCCGAAAUGCUGUCUACAGAUCAUUUGCCUGGCGAAAAACCACAUUGCCAAUCCUUUCGUUUCGCAUCAAAUGUAGCAACAAAAACUCUCCUAACUGUCCAAACCUUAUCAGUAAAUUUGUUUACAUUGCAAUGCAACGAAAUAUUGAGAACCUAAAAAUCAAUGUUGCCACUGAAUUUUCCCCUUGUAUUCUUACUUGUAAGACACUCAAGGUUCUUAAGUUGAAAAGGCUAAAAAUAGUGGAAGAUUUUUCUCAUCAAUUGGAUCUUCCUCUUCUCAAAACUCUCCAUUUGAGCAAAGUCUAUUUCAAACAUCAUGAAUAUCUUGUGAAAUUUCUAUCAUGUUGCCCUAUUCUUGAAGAUUUGCAACUAAAAUAUUUAACUGUACCGGAUUAUGAUGUUGCAAAGGAAAAGUUUAAGACCUUGCCUAAUUUGAUCAAAGCAAGGGUUUCUUAUUAUCAUGAUAGUAUUUCAUUUACAUUGGUUUGUAAUGUGAAGAGUCUACAUAUAGAAUUUUGCAAAUGGAAAUGUUGUACCAAGCUCCCCAUGUUUCAUAAUCUGACUGACAUGGAGCUAAAAUUUUCCUAUGCAUCUUGGACUAAUAGUUGGUGGAAUUGGUUGCUAGAAAUGCUUGAAUGUUGCCCGAAACUUCAACAUUUUACCAUUGAGGAUAAUGUAAACGAGUUGGGCAACCAAAGUUGGAAGGAUCCACCAAAAGUUCCGAAAUGUGUCUCAUCGGAGCUUAGAACAUGUUGCAUUGGAGGUUACAACGGCAAAGAAUUUGAGCUUCAAUUUGCAAAAUAUAUUAUGCAGAAUUCAAAAGUACUACACACCAUGACAGUUAAGUGCACUAGCUCCGUAGAUAUGAAUGACAUGCGCCAAAUUUUUAUGAAAUCAUUUUCGCCCGCAAGGGACUCUUCGAAAUGUAAACUACUAUUUGUUCAAUGAUGGCAAUACCUUUUAUAUUUGAUUCUACAUAUGCACUAGUGGUAGAUUUGAUGGUUAGAAAUACACUAACUUUGUUUCAUUUUGUCCUCUAUCCUAUAAAGAUUUUGAAA